AUGUCUAUUAUUUGGGCAGGGGCGGUUUCAGUUGUUGCUUCUCUCUCUCUCUCUUCUUUUUCUGCCUCUCUGUCUCUCUUUCUCUUCUUUUUCAGCCUCUCUCUCUCUUCUUUUUCAACCUCUCUCUCUCUCUUCUUUUUCAGCCUCUCUCUCCCUCUUUCAUCUUCUCAAUAUUUCUCUCUCCUUCACGCCUCCACUCUUAUUUUUCUCGUCCUCUCUCAUUCCUCUCUCUCCUUUUUCAGCCUCUCUCUAUCCUUUUUCAGCCUCUCCCUCUUCUUUUUCAGCCUCUUUCUCUCUCUCUUCUUUUUUCAGCCUCUCUCCUUCUUUCAUCUUCUCAACAUUUCUCUGUCCUUCUUCACGUCCCACUCUUCUUUUCCUCGUCCUCUCUCAUUCCUCUUUUGCCUUCUCUCUCCUUUUUCAGCCUCCCUCUCUCCUUUUUCAGCCUCUCUCUCUCUCUCACUCUCCUUUUUCAGCCUCUCUCUUUUCUUUUUCAGCCUCUCUCUCUCUCACUCUUCUUUUUCAACCUCUCCCUCUCUCUUCUUUUUCAGCCUCUCUCUCCUUCUUUCAUCUUCUCAAUAUUUCUCUCUCCUUCUUCACGUCUCCACUCUUCUUUUUCUCGUCCUCUCUCAUUCCUUUUUGCCUUCUCUCUCCUUUUCAGCCUCUCUCUUUUUCAGCCCCUCGUCCUUUCUCAUUCCUCUUUUUUUCCUCUCUCUCUCUUUUUUUUUUCAGCCUGCCUCUCUCUCUCUCUUUUCAGCCUCUCUCUCUCUCUCUCUCUCUUUAAUUUCUCAAUAUUUUCUCUUCUCUCUCUUCUUUUCUCGUCCUCUCUCAAUUUCUUUGCCUUCUCUCUCCUUUUUCAUCCCUCUCUCUCUCCUUUUCAGCCUCUCCACUCUCCUUUUUCAGCCUCUCUCUCUUUCUUUUCAGCCUCUCUCUCUCUCUUUUUUCAAAUUCUCUCUCUCUCGCUCUUCUUUUUCAGCCUCUCUCUCCUUCUUUCAACUUCUCAAUAUUUCUCUCUCCUUUUUCUCUUCCUCUCUCAUUCUUUUUUUGCCUUCUCUCUUUUCUUUUCUCUACCCCUCUCUUUUUCUCCCUCUCUUCUUUUUUUCUCACCCUCUUCUUUUUCUUUCUCUUCUUCUCCUCCCUCUCUUUCUCUCUCUCUCCUUUUUCUUGUCCUCUCUUAUCUUUCUUGCUCUCUCUUUCUUUUUUGUUCGUACAGACAUUAUUUUUACAUUAUGUAUUCACAACUUUUGA